AUGGAUCAUCAUGAUUGUCAAACAACAACGGACAAAAUUAGUCGAGUCCCGCAACGUGCAAUUUGCGAGUUGCGGAGGUAUUGUUGUGCACCACGUGACAAAACAAUAGAUCGCCAACGAAGAGACAAUCUUGGGUGUAACAUGGGCGACUUCCCUACAGGCAGUCGAUGUGACCCCCAACGACCAAAAUGUUUCGCGGGAGAGUAUUGUGGCAAUCAAGCAAUUUGCUGUUUAAGGAGCAAUUACGACAGAAGGCGCCCUCCAACUUUUUGCUAUAAUGGUCAACAAUCUAUAGUUCAUUGUACUUCUAGCGAUGAUUGUAAACAAUUAACUCAGGCAUGUGUUAAUGGCCUUUGUUGUACUCGAACAGGAGAUGAGUGGAAAAAUUCUUGUGGUGGUGCAAUGGCUGUUUCAAUUUGUUUUGAGGAUGGUUCAUGCCCGGAUAGACUAGUUCGUACCUCUUCAGAUUAUUGUUGUGAAUGUCCAUAUGGACAGGCUGCAGGGAAAUGUGCUCAUGGAUGUCCUCCCAACUAUUCAUGUGAUUAUGGUGGAGAAUAUUGUUGCCCUAAAUGUCCGCAAGGAGAUAAACCCUAUGGCUCUUGCUUUAACGGUGAAUGUGCUACUGGAUAUAUUUGCUCUGCCGGCAAUAUUUGUUGUAACAGAAAAUAA